AUGAAUAAAAGCAAUCGUUGUUGGUCCGUCGCAAAUCUCGCGGCCUGGUGCUCCGGGCUGAGGGGAUGUGCGUCAACACGUGACGUCCUCCUUUUGGAUGCGGUGCAGUUGUGCGCGGGCGUGCCAGCACGGUCUACCGUGCGUGGUGAUGAUGAGGUUCGGGUAGAAGAUGGUUCAAAUGUUGCGCCUGUUUUGCGUUCGACUCCUAAUCAAACGAUUGUGACCGAGUGA